AUGUCUUCAUCAUCCACUUUACGAAAUGCUCAAUCAGCUAAAUCAACCUCUCCUCCUCAUACGCCAAAACAGCAACUUCGUUCGGGUCAUAACUCCUUCAACAGCACAACAUCACCAGGCUCCUCUUUUCGGAACGAAGAUGAUGCGAUAAUAUUUGAAAUUGGAGCGCGAUGGCUCCGAGCUGGAUUUGAAGGCAAUAGCGCACCUAUAUGCGUUGUGGGAUUCGGACCAGAAGAGUCGAGGAGAGCAGGAGAUUACCGGGGUUUGAUCGAAGGCGAUUCUGGUAUGGGACCCUUGGCUGAGCCCAUUGACGCGGAGGAAUGGUCGAGGGAGUAUGAAUUAUGGGGACCUGACAUGAGACAAAUCGAUCUGGGAUUAGUGGAGGACAAGAUUGAACGCAUUUUUCGAGACACAUACAACCAAUAUCUGUUGACUGACGCCGGGCCGUCUCGUCUGGUCCUGGCGCUCCCCUCUCUACUGCCGCAUCCUCUAUUAUCGGCACUCCUUUCCACGUUAUUCAGCCGUUGGCGGUUCCCCAGCAUCACACUUCUACCAAGCGCAACCAUGUCGGCGACAGCUGCGGGGUUGCGGUCUGCUCUUGUGGUGGACCUUGGAUGGGCAGAGACAACCGUGACCUGCAUCUACGAGUACCGAGAAAUAGUGACAAAAAGAAGUACAAGGGCUAUGAAGACAGUGCUUCAAGAUAUGGGACGACUGCUCACUGGUCUGGCUUCCAGCAAAAACAACGAAGCAAAUACCAAUAAUAAGAUCUCAGUGGGAUUCAAAUACUGCGAGGAAAUUACUACUCGGCUUGCUUGGUGUAGUCCGAGUGCAGAGCCUGAUAAUAAAGAGGAAUCAACUCGUACCCUCUCUAUUCCUUCACCAAUCAAUCCAAACCAGGCAUUUAUCGAUGUGCCGAUUUCCCUCCUGGCAGAGCCGGUGGAACGUGUGCUUUUGGCAACAAACACCCCAGAAAGUGAAUUGGAUGAUGAAGAAAAAUCAAUUCCAUUACUGCUGUACAACGCCCUAUUAGCUUUGCCACCUGAUGCACGCGGGACGUGCAUGUCCCGCAUCGUCUUUGUGGGUGGUGGAGCUCGAAUCCCCGGUUUGCGGCAGCGUAUCCUUCAUGAAAUUUCUCGGUUAAUUGACCGAUACGGAUGGAGUCCUAUUCGAGGCAAAGCCGUUGAGCGACAGCGACAGCGACUGGAAGAACUUAAACUUUCAUCCCAAGCCAACGGAGAGAAACCGCCAUCAGGAACAAUAGUAGAAAGGCCAGAGCCCUCUCAGGAAGAACCGGAAUUGGACUUUGUGGAGCAGAAGCUGCGCCGUCAAAACAAAGACACUCGAGCUCCUGUUCAGGGUUUAUUACGCGAGAUUGAAUCUCUCGGACCCUGGGCCGGUGCGAGCCUAGUAACUAGCCUCAAGAUCCGGGGAAUGGUAGAGAUCGAGCGAGAGAAGUUUCUGCAGCACGGAAUUGCUGGCGGUAUUCGAGACUCGGAGUAUGCGGUCCCUGAUCGUCGAUCAGGUCUAAGGGCUGGUGAUCGAUCGAGCUGGACUCUGGCAGGCUGGGCCUGA